AUGGAGUCCCAAGCCCCACGGGACAAAAACGUCCACAUCGACGACUCAGCUGCUUUGGAACAGCUCGGCCAUAAGCAGGAACUCAAGCGCAACUUUUCCAAAAUCUCCCUUCUCGGUCUCGCCUUUGCUAUCCUCAACACAUGGACUGCUCUCUCAGCGUCCAUCAGUCUGGCUCUGCCAUCUGGUGGCCCUAGCUCUGUUAUCUGGGGUCUCAUGGUUGCUGGAAUAUGUAACCUCUGCUUAGCCGCUCCUCUGGCAGAAAUGCUGUCCGCGUAUCCAACUGCUGGUGGUCAGUACCAUUGGGCUGCUCUGCUAGCUUGGCCGCGAUGGUCGAGGGGUAUCAGCUAUGUCACUGGUUGGGUCAACGCAGCUGGCUAUGUCGUCUUGACAGCGACUGCGCCUUUGCUUGGAAGUGUUUUUGUUACCGACGCUAUUACUUUUAUGCAUCCUACCUACGAAACCAAGCCUUGGCAUCAGUUUCUUAUCUAUCUCGCCUUUACUCUGAUCGCAUUAGUCAUCAACGUCUUUGCCAACCGACUACUCCCACUAUUCAACAAAGCCGCUUUUCUCUGGAGUAUCUCUGGUUUUAUCAUUAUCAGCAUUACAGUCCUGGCCUGUGCUGCACCUGAUUACCAGAGUGGGUCCUUUGUAUACGGGAAGUUCAUCAAUGAGGUUGGGUGGCCCGAUGGUGUUGCUUGGAUGCUUGGACUCCUCCAAGGUGCUUUCGCCUUGACUGGCUUCGACGCUGCAGCUCAUAUGAUCGAGGAAAUUCCUGACGCGCGCCGGACAGGGCCGGUAAUUAUGAUCUGGUGUAUCCUCAUCGGUAUGCUGUCUGGCUUCAUCUUCCUGUCGUGUCUCUUGUUCGUUCUCAAGGACGUUCAAACUGUUAUCGAGUCUCCUUCAGGCGCACUGCUGCAGAUGUACUUUGACGCCACUGGUAGUAAAGCCGGAAGUGUCUGCCUGAUCGUAUUUUCCAUCGUCUGUAUGGUCUUUACCGCUACUGCUAUCAUGACUACUAGUGCGCGCAUGACAUACUCAUUCAGUCGCGAUCGCGGACUUCCUUUCAGCCAUGUCUGGGCUAAGGUCCAUCCAACGUUAAGCGUCCCUGCCAAUGCUCUCCUUUGGACGACUGGCUGGGUAAUUGUAUUUGGACUUAUUCUCCUGGGAAGUUCUAGCGCUUUCAACGCCAUCACUGCGGCUUCGGUUGUGGCUCUGGGUGUCACAUAUGCAAUUCCUCCUGCGAUUCAUCUCCUACGUGGAGGCAACAGACUCCCCGAAGAUAGGCCGUUCAAGCUGAGCACUCCUGUGCGCUGGAUUUGCAGUCUUGUUGGUAUUGCGUGGGCUAUCCUUACUACAGUUCUGUUCGUCUUCCCACCCGAGCUACCCGUCACACCUACCAACAUGAACUACUGUAUCGCUGCAUUUGGAGUUAUCUUAUUCCUUUCCGUCGGUACGUGGAUCUUUGAUGGAAGGAAGAACUACAAGGGGCCUCUUAUUGAGAUCAGUAUGGACGGCGCUACUUUGGAGGGCGCGUCUAUGGCUGAGACGACAUGCACGUCUAAUCACGAGGAUGAUAUGAAGAGCCACAAGCCUUAG